GAAACGAGGCGGGGGGAGGAAGCAGCGGAGAGCAAGCAGCCACUGCCAGCUGAAGGAGCCGUGCAGAACCCGAAGGAGGUUUCAAGCAUACAUUUUUGUUUGCGUUGUGAGACUAAUUAGGGUUUGACGUGACAUUAAUGUCCUUUUGUGGAACCCAAAACAACGGGCGCCGCAGCAAGUGGGACCAGCCCGACGCUGGGACUGGAGGCUCCGGCGGGAUGAGGGAGGCUGAGGCUGCGCCUUGCGGGGCUCUGGAUGCUGCAGCGGCCGUGGCUGCCAAGAUCAACGCUAUGCUGGUGGCCAAAGGGAAACUCAAACCGUCUCAAAUUAGCUCCCCGCUACCAUCUGACAAGAUUGUUGGUGCUGGGAAGCCUCCUGCCCCAACAAAAGCCAAGGACGACCUGGUGGUCGCCGAAGUCGAGAUCAACGAUGUCCCUCUGUCCUGUCGAAAUCUCCUCACACGCGGACAGACGCAGGAAGAGAUCAGUAAAGUGAGCGGAGCUGCAGUUUCAACCAGAGGGCGGUACAUGACAGCAGAUGAAAAGAACAAAGCAUUGUUAGGGGACCGACCGUUGUAUCUGCAUGUUCAAGGACAGACGAGAGAGCUUGUCGACAGAGCAGUUAAUAGAAUCAAGGAAAUCAUCACUAACGGCGUCGUAAAAGCUGCAACCGCUUCAUCAGCCGCCCCAUCUUUCUCCCCCAGUGGAGCCUCGGUCACCGUCUACCAACAACACAACCCACCUGCACCCACGCUGCCCCCAGCGACGAACCACAAACCUCACUUUCAGUCAGGGAUGCAUUACGUUCAGGAUAAGAUCUUUGUGGGCCUGGAGCACGCCGUCCCGGGGUUUGUGGUCAAAGAGCGGGUGGAGGGCCCCGCCUGCUCUUAUCUGCAGCACAUUCAGGCCGAGACUGGGGCCAAAGUUUUCCUCCGAGGAAAAGGAUCGGGCUGUUUAGAGCCCGCAUCUGGACGCGAGGCUUUUGAACCCAUGUACAUUUACAUUAGUCAUCCUAAACCAGAAGGACUGGCUGCAGCAAAAACCCUGUGUGAGAAUCUCCUUCUGACGGUUCAUGCAGAGUAUUCCCGCUACCUUAGUCAAAUGAACACAAUGAUGCCAACGCAACAAGGGUUUUCACAGCCUCCAGUAGUGAACGGGAUUCCCCCUCAGCCCCCUUACUAUCCUCCAGCUGGAUUCCAGCCGAGCUACAGCGUGCCUGCCCCACCGCCCCAGCCCCAACCUGUCCCACCUACCUACACGGUCCCACCUCCUGUACCUCCAGUCAUGCCUGCCGGUGUGCCUUCUCAGUACCCCAUACGGCCAAGCUCUGCCCCUCUUCCUGCGCCGAUUCCUGCUCCUGUUGCUGUUUCCAUCCCUGCUCCUACUCUGGCGCCUGUCCCUGCUCCCAUUCUGGCUCCAAUUCCCACUUCAGCUCCAGACUCUCUGCAUCAGACUCUUCCUCCUCUACAUUUCGCUCCCCCUGCAGCUGCGCCUCCCAAGCUGCCGCUCCAAGCCGCUCCGAUCAACCCGCCUCAGAAGAGACGCUUCACAGAGGAAGUGCCGGACGAGAGGGACAGCGGCCUGCUCGGGUACCAGCAUGGACCCAUUCAUAUGACUAAUUUAGGUGCAGGCUUCUCAGUGGGCAGCACAGAGACUUCAGGACCCGCACAGCAGAGUUCCUCUGGCCCGGCGAGUGAGAGGGACAGUCGGCACAUGAUGCCUCCACCAACAUCCCUGCGUGUGAACGGAGUGAGACACCAGAUGGAGGAGAGGAGACUACACCAAGCCUUUGUGGAGCCGCCGGUGAAAAGACUACGAUCCGGCUUAGUUGCGUACUCCGGCGACUCCUCUGAUGAAGAGGAAGACCACCCUUCGUCCAAAGCUUCGUGGCUUGGUAACCAUGGGGCAGGUAACCACCCACCCACCUCUACUGCUUCGAGCUGGGCUCAGGGCUACCGCGGCCCUCCGCCUCUGCCGGCUCGUGCCAAAACGCAGCCACAGCAGCAGUCCAUUCCUUUCUGGAUGGCGCCGUGAAACUGAAAUGUCUCAGUGAUUUCUUCAAUCCUGCAGGACCUCAUUUUUUCUCACCACUUAUCUCUCUGAUGGAGAAGAGCUUCUUGACAGCUGCGUCUCUAUUUUGAACAUUUAAUUCAGCUCUUGGAAGCAAGUGGACGUACUAAUGUUUUAUAGGUUGAAGAUGAACAUUUGCACGACUUUUCUUUUUGGAUGUAUAGAGGCUCAGAUGAGAGGCAGUCUGCCUCACAUUUUACUUUGAAUUUAAUCAGAACAGCAGCAGAUUUAA